AUGUCCGACUGGGAGGAAUCUGAGUACGACGACCGCGGCGCUUCCCUGCAAAAACCUGCUUCAAACUCGGCUCCGACACGAACAAAGUCACCGAGCCGCGACAGCUACAAACAAAAUGUGUAUUCGGAUGGGAGACGAGGAGGCUCGGCUGGAGGCUCGGCUGGAGCCCCCGGGCGAGGCGGGAGUUCCGGCCGCGGGCUGGAGUUCAGGAGCCGGCGAGGAGACGGCGGUCACGGAGACCCGGCCAGGAGCCGCGCUGCCCCGCAGCAGCACGACCAGGACCUCUCCAUCACCAUAGAACAGGCCUUUAUCGGGAGGAUUAUAGGUCGUGGGGGAGCCAAAAUCCGUGAACUUGAGGAGAGCAGCGGUGCGAAAAUCAAGAUAAAUAAGGGGGACUAUGAAGGAGAGGUGAUCAUCUCUGGGUCCGUUACAGCUCGGCAAACGGCCAAGGAAAUGAUUGAGGACUUAGUGGCAGGUGGCGGCUCUCAAUAUAGCAGCGCAAAUAGUGGCUCUGCCUGGUCUUCCGCACAACUACAAGCUGCAAGAGAUGUUCCAGUUCGUCCAUCCAUCAACUGGGACGAAAUCCGGCAAAAUAAGGGAAAGUAUGAGGAGAUGAAAUGGAAAGACCUCCCACCCCUGAAGAAGAAGUUCUACAUUGAGGAAAAGUGUGUGGCCAUGUGUAAACCUGAGGAAGUCAGUGAGUGGAGGAAAGAGAAUAACAAUAUCUUUGUGGAUGACCUUCUGGAGGGCGAGGAGAAGCGGCAAAUUCCUAAUCCCUGUCGUACAUUUCUGGAGGCCUUCAAGGCUUAUCCAGAGAUCAUGGAAAAUAUAGACCGUGUUGGCUUCGUCAAACCAACCCCCAUCCAGUCUCAGGCUUGGCCAGUGUUACUCAGUGGAGAAGACUUGAUAGCGAUUGCUCAGACAGGAACUGGGAAGACACUGGCCUAUCUUCUUCCAGGGUUCAUCCAUAUGGAUGGACAGCCUAUACCUAGAGCUGAGCAGGGUGGACCAGGCAUGUUGGUCCUGACACCUACCAGAGAGCUGGCUCUGCAGAUCGAAACGGAAUGCAACAAAUACUGUUAUAAGGGAUUCAAAAGUAUCUGCAUCUAUGGGGGUGGCGAUAGACGAAAACAAAUAAACCUGGUAAAGACCGGUGUUGACAUCGUGAUUGCUACACCAGGGAGACUAAAUGAUCUACAGAUGAAUGAGCUUAUCAACCUUCGUUCCAUCACAUACUUGGUGCUGGACGAGGCUGACCGUAUGCUCGAUAUGGGUUUUGAACCCCAAAUUAUGAAGAUUCUUCUGGAUAUCCGUCCGGACAAACAGACUGUCAUGACCAGUGCUACCUGGCCCCCUGGUGUGAGGCGAUUGUCAAAAUCCUACCUCAAAAAUCCCAUGAUGGUCUAUGUUGGAACCCUGGACUUGGCAGCAGUUAACACAGUUCAGCAAACGGUGGUGAUACUUCAAGAGGAGGAUAAAAAGUCCUUUGUCUAUGAAUUCAUCAGAAACAUGCAAAAGCAUGAUAAAGUCAUCAUCUUCGUUGGGAAGAAGCUUAUGGCUGAUGACCUGUCAAGUGACAUGUGCCUGCAAGGCCUGGCUGUGCAGAGUCUCCAUGGUGACCGUGAACAGUGUGAUCGUGAAGAGGCUCUAAAAGACUUUAAAGAAAGUCGAGUUCGCAUCUUGGUCGCCACAGAUUUGGCAUCUCGUGGAUUGGAUGUUCAUGAUAUAACGCAUGUUUUCAAUUUUGACUUCCCACGGAACAUAGAGGAGUACGUUCACCGUGUGGGCCGCACAGGCCGAGCUGGGAGAUCAGGCGCUUCUGUUACCUUGGUAACAAGAGAUAACUGGAGGAUGGCUCCAGAGCUGAUUCACAUCUUGGAGCGAGCAGGGCAGGACGUGCCUGAGGAGUUGGUGUUGAUGGCAGAACGAUAUGAAAAACACAAAAGGGAGAGGGAGAUGUCCAAUCCAAGGGGAUCUGAAGGGGGACGAGGUGGAAGAGGAGGAUGGGGAAAAAGAGAUGGCCAUAGAGGAAGAGGUGGCAUGUAUUGA